UACAGGAGGAGGGUUUGGAGCCAGCGAGAAGUUCCUCUAAGGCUCAGCCCUCCCUGUUCUGUUCCGUCGCUUGCAUCUUGAAAUCGCCCGCCGCAGCAGGGUCAGUGGUGCUACCGGAAUGGCUGUGAAUCUGAGCAAAAACGGCGCUGCGCUUACGGCUGCCUACAAAGACGUGGUGGACGAGAAGUCGCAGACCAACUGGGUCUUAUUCACAUAUGAGGGCAACAGCAAUGACAUCCGACUGGCUGAGAAAGGAGAGGGAGGUCUGGAGGAGCUUGUGGAGGAGCUGAACAGCGGGAAGGUCAUGUACGGCUUUUGUCGGGUUCAAGAUCCAAACUCCGGCUUGCCCAAAUAUGUCCUUAUUAAUUGGACUGGAGAAGGUGUUAAAGAUGCCAGGAAAGGACAAUGUGCAAAUCAUGUCAGCUCCAUGGCCAAGUUCUUAAAGGGUGCCCAUGUCACCAUCAAUGCCCGAGCAGAGGAGGAUGUGGAGCCGGAGUCUGUCAUGCAGAAAGUUGCCAAGGCCUCAGGGGCCAACUACAGCUUUCACAAGGAGUCCAACCGCUUCUGUGACACUGGCCCUCGGGUACCUGUGGGAUCCGUCUAUCAGAAGACCAAUGCUGUAUCAGAAAUCAAGAAAACCAACAAGGACAACUUCUGGGCUCAGGCUGAGAAAGAUGAGGAGAAGCGAAGGGAGGAGGAACGUAGACGGGCGGAGCAAGACCAGCAACGCCUGGAGAGUGAGCGCAAGGCCCGGGAAUCCAGGGAAGCCGCUGAGCGUGAGAAGCGGGAUAAGGAGAGGGCGAGUCAGAUCGAGCAGCAGAGGAAAUACCAGCAGCAGCAGGAUGCUGAGAGCAGAAACCCAGACGCAGAGGAGCAGGUGCCUUGUUCGCUGUCCCUCCGCAUCUAUAGUAACACCAAAAUGGCCUCUUGUUCCCAGGAGAAGCAGAAACAGUCCUUGGCAACACAUGGAGACUCUGCUAAAGACAAUGUGGCAGCCCCUCCCAUUGGGAAAGGCCCCGUAAAUCCUAGGGACGUUUUUCAGCAGGAGAGAGACGUGGUUCCCAAAAUCCCAGCUGCCAGCUCGCAACCAGAAACUGAGCCAUCAUACAACGGGAAGAAGGCCCCCACCUAUGAGGCUGCCCCCCCGGUGGAAGAGGAAGAACUAUAUGAGGACAUCACAGAGGACAGCACUGUCCAAGAGGAGCCCCCACAGACUGAGGUGCCUGCCAGAGAAAACGCUGAAGGUCACGGCACGUGUGCCAGGGCUCUGUAUGACUACCAGGCUGCCGACAACACCGAGAUCUCCUUUGACCCGGAUGACAUCAUCACAGGAAUAGAGAUGAUUGAUGAGGGAUGGUGGCGCGGCUUCGCCCCGGACGGGAGCUUCGGCAUGUUUCCAGCCAAUUACGUGGAGCUCUUGUAGGCCCGCCCCCCUCUCAGCGGCCCUGCCGCUCGCCGGAAUGAGCGACAUCACGCUCGGACCGCCGGAGGCCCCGUACAGUACCACAAAGGCCUUAACAUUUGGUGCUUUGCCAUUUGAAAAGCCAAUACGCUGAGCGAUUUUUUUUUUUUUUUUUUUUUUUUUUUUUUUUUUUUUGAAAAGUGGGUAAAGUCAAGGAUGAGCUCAUGCCUGACAGUUGUGGUUUAUCGGAAUGCUUCAUUUCUUUCUUUUGCUGGUUUUCUCCGUAACACACACUCAGUGUUCAUUCUACAAGUAGGACAUUAAGUUGCCAUUCCUGGCUUUGUUAAUCUGUUGAUGCUGUUAUCCAUGCCUGCUCUGGUAAGUCUGAGACAGUGCAGUGUCUCCACUGGUAUGGAGAGUUUUUAGAGGCUUCUUUCAUUGUAUCUGAUUUUUUUUGUUUGGUAAUUGCUGUUGAAACAUUGAAAUUUCCUUUUACAUUUUGUAUUUUUUUUAUACUUUUAACAUUAAGUAAUGGUAAUGUAAAUGGGGAUGCCUGUAGAAAAAUAAAGGAGUUUAAUAUUAAUGUGGUCUGGGUCAAGCUGGCUACACUGCUGCAAGCAAGUGCUCCCCCUAGUGGCUGCAUUGAAAAUUAACUUCUUGGACCUUGUUCAUAUAGCAAGUGACGUGACCUGUAAUGACAGGCAUGCCAUAGGCUGCAGUCUGUCCACUUAUGAUGUCAGCAUGAAACUCCUCAGACUAGAAUGAAAUGAUAUAACAUUGUUCUCUGCUGUGAAUUUUUUGAAGAUAAUUAUGAAGUGGUGUGCUUUCGUGGAGUGUGAAAACGCCUUCCAUCCAGCGCAGGUUAGCGGGUACGCAUGCGCAAACCUCAAUACUACACUUAAUUCAGGGUAACAAUGCUUCUGUACUAUUGUAAUUUAAUCUGAUUUUGAAAAUAAACUGGAAUAUAUACAGCAUACAACAAUUGAGUAAACCUAAA